CGUCUUCACCGAAAACACGAGUCAGACAAGACCACUGUGUACGCCUUCGGUGUACACGUUCUGCUAAAUUUUUUUUAGUUCCUGUUUUUUGUCCUUUAUAGUUCGUUUGCUAACCUCAAUCUCUCACAAUUCUGGAGUUUUCAAUCUCCAGGUGGAUAAUUUUCAUCUUGAAGCUUGAUGGGCCCUCUUACAUUAACUAUUAACUCAAAGAACUCAUCAAUGUCUUCACCAGAUGUAUCUAAUGCGAAAUCACAAAGGUUGCAGUUAAUACCAAAAAAGUCUUUUGCAUCAAUCAGCUCAGGGGAAGAAAAUCCAGUUGAUUUCUUACGAACCUUAUUUGAGGGUUUCAUAGCAGGAGGAACAGCUGGAGUUGUUGUUGAAACAGCUUUAUACCCAAUUGAUACAAUAAAGACAAGAUUGCAGGCAGCUCGAGGUGGAGGAAAGAUUGUUCUUCAUGGGCUAUAUUCAGGAUUGGCUGGAAAUCUUGUUGGUGUUUUACCGGCUUCUGCUUUGUUUGUUGGUGUUUAUGAACCUGCAAAAAAGAAACUGUUGAAGAUGCUUCCUGAAAAUCUUAGUGCUGUUGCACAUCUCACUGCAGGUGCUGUUGGAGGAGUUGCUGCAUCUCUAAUACGCGUUCCAACAGAGGUUGUAAAGCAAAGAUUACAAACCGGUCAAUUUUCUUCAGCUCCUGAUGCAGUUCGCCUUAUUGUUUCCAAAGAGGGUUUUAAAGGUCUAUAUGCGGGAUAUGGAUCUUUUCUGCUACGAGAUCUACCUUUUGAUGCUAUUCAGUUUUGUAUAUAUGAGCAACUUCGGAUUGGCUAUAAGUUGGCUGCACGUAGAGACCUUCAUGAUCCAGAAAAUGCUGCAAUUGGUGCUUUUGCUGGGGCGAUUACGGGAGCGAUUACUACUCCACUUGAUGUGAUAAAAACAAGGUUGAUGAUUCAGGGAUCAGCAAAUCAGUACAAAGGGAUAUUUGAUUGUGUUCAAACGAUUUUGAAAGAAGAGGGACCUCCUGCCCUUUUAAAGGGUAUUGGACCACGAGUUCUGUGGAUUGGAAUUGGAGGUUCGAUUUUUUUUGGUGUUUUGGAGAGAACAAAGAAAAUUCUUGCAGAAAGACAGCUUCUUCAACCUUCUAAUGAUCAAAGUUCUGAUACCCCAAAGCAAGAUUAAAGAAGCUAAAAUGUAAUUUAUUUUUGUAUGAGAGAAUGAAUUAGUGAAGAUUUGCUAAAAUAGCAACUUUUCUAUUGAUGUUGAACGCUAAUAAUAUUGUGUAU